AUGGCAACGGUGGAGCCAACCGAACCCCCAACAGUAGAAACUUCAUGCCCAGAAACCCCUUCUUCUUUUUCUUCUUCUCCUCCGCUUUCACCAAAAUCAGCAACCACAUGUCCCCAAAACCCAACCCAAAGCCCCUCACCGUCGUCAGUACUAGCGACACCGCUGGCAAGGCUAUGGAGACCCACUGCACAGAGAAACCUGAGAAAUCAAUGGUCCAAAUUAGCUUCUUACAGACAACAAUGGGCAUCUUCUUCUUCUACUGCACGAUCACAUGCCACCGCUCUUGUAAACGCCUAUCUUUCUCAAAAAUACAUGCCUUCCAUGGAGUUGGGCACCUUGAGGGAUAUUCCUAAUAUAAAAAAGAAAGCUUCUCUGAAAUUGUUUAAGCAGCAGGUGCUUCAUCGAGGCAAACUUUUAUCAUCAUAUAAACACAUGGUCUCAGUUGUAACUCACAUGGUUAACAUUAGUAGAUCCAUGAAAUGCUUUCUCAAAGGCGCAAGCAGUAGUCCACUUGUACACUUUUCUGGCUAUUCCGAAGAUAAGAAUGAUCCUGGGGAUGGUGGUGAAAUUCUAGUCUUUACAUUUUGGACGAUCUCUUGCUUCGAAGAAGUGGCAGAGGAGCUUGUCCAGAUGUUUAUAUUGGAGUUAAAUUUGAAGCGUUUGCUUGUGGUGGAGUUACUAUCCAUUAGUUGCAAAGUUCCACCUUUAAACAGUUUGCCUUGGUCAGAUGAGCUUUAUCCGGGAGAAUUUAGUGAUUUGAGUAUGUGUAACUUAUACUCUGAGGAAACUUGUAAGCCAGUCUAUCCAAGAUUGAAUGAUCAGAAAUCUGAAAUGCCAGCUGCGCGAUUUAACCAGCAGCCAGAUCAUGAUGUUUUGCAGCUGCAUAUGCUGCCUGGAGAGAUGACAAUAUCAUUCAGUCCUAGUUUAUCUAACAACAUGGCUUGCAGAGGGUGGAUGAAAUAUUUGUGGAAGUUGGCGAUGAAAUGCAUGUUACGAUUUCAUGAGUUGCUGGCCUGUCCAGAAACAAAACGUAUGAAAUUUUGUCAAGGAGCGUCCGUGUUAGUUGUAAAGAGGGAAAUGCUUGAAAAUGCCCGAAGGUCGAUUCUGCCAAAGUCCCCAAGCCCCAUAGACCACGGGAAAAAACAGAGAACCUUCAAAAGGUGUAGGCGUCUACAUAACAGAAGUCACUUCAACUUUGCAACCUCAACGACUCUUUUCAAGCUAGGUAUUUAUUCUCACAUAAUGUCAAGAGCAAGUACUUAUACAAACACAUCAACCCACUAUAUAAAAGUGGAUUCCCUUGAUGAACAUAAGGAAUGUGGAUGGCCACCAUGA